AUGAAUUCUCUCAGAUCACUAUCCAGACGGUUGACUCCUUCGAUAUGCCAGCAUGUGAGAUACACUUUAAACUCUCAAAGGCCAACUACAAGUGCCCAAUUUUAUAGGUCUUACGCUCAGUCGUGGGAUGAACGCAAGCCCAACAAAGACAUCAACGCACAUCUACAGGUGCAAAAAUUGCUUGACGAAAUACAAAGCCACCCAAAUGUUGCGGCAAAACUGCGGGAAGUAAGCGAGAUCAUGGUGUCCAAGGGUUUGGCAAACGAGUCAGCCCCACCCGGUCCAUGGCAGGUAGUCAAAAUUUUAACCGACAAAGAUGUAAGAAAGGCAAUGUCCGAGUUCAAAGAAGAGUUGGCAAACUCGGGUAUUGAAGUGGGACCCGAUCAACUGGGACCGUUGAUGACAGUGUUAGGUAUGGAGAAAAAAGAUUAG